AUGGCAGACGCGGCUUCUCUGCGGGAGUAUCAGAUUCCCGACAUUGUGAUGAAGGGCGCGGACAUGUGCGCGGAGAGAGUCGCCUUUGCCGCGGAAGUCGCAAAGAAGGGCUACGUGUCGCUGUUGAAAAACGAUCUAAAAUACUGGCAGGAAGUUGCGCAGAUGCUGAAACAAGAUUUCGACAAAAAGUUCGACGGAACGUGGCACGUCGUCGUUGGGCAGCACUUUGGGGCCUUCGUGACUCACGAGGCGCAGCAAAUGAUCUACUUCUCCAUCGGCGCCGUCAACUUUCUCAUUUACAAACACGGAUGA